AUGUUAAGUGCAAAAGAGUUCAAGACUACAACAAUUACGGAGGGAAAAGGGAAAUGUGGCUUUGACAUCAGUGGAAAUAAAGCAUUGGUGGCAUGGAAUUAGUGUUUGAGGGAGUAUGAUUUAAUUGAGCAUAAAAAAACCGCGGAAACUGUACUUGAGUCAAAUAUGUUGGCUUUGGCAAUUCAUCCCUUAAAUUCGCAAGUCUUUGCAAUAGGAGAUAUGAGAGUAGAUACAUAUGAUGAUAUCCAAAUGACAGCACCGUCUUUGAUCGUCACUUUAACAGGAAAGGCAAUAGAAAUAAAAUACAAUAAGAAUGGUAAAAUAAUGGGAAUAGCUUCUGAGGAGAAUUCAUUAAUAUUGAAUAGAGAUACAAAAAUAUCAAAAUGUAAACCUGGACAUGAUGGUAUGAUAUUAAGUUGUGCAUUCGAUCCGAAAGACAGAUUUGUUUGUAGUAUAGGUUGUGAUGGCUGUUUGAUAGUGUAUUAGUUAUCACAAGUACCUUAAUUAUUGCAGAGAUAUACAAUAAGUAAAUAAGUAUCUCCAGAUGCAUUCUAAAAAUUGUAAUCAGAUUUCCAUCCUUCAGGCAAUUCAUUUUGGAUCGCUGGAAAAAUAAAUGCUUAAUAUAUCAUCACUUAGGAUGAACCUUAAGAUUUAUAGUAGCAAUAUUAAAUUUUGCAUUAGAGUGAGAUUUGUAUAAUAAGAUGGAUACAUAAUAAUUGUGUGGGUUCUUGCUCAUUGGAUGGUGAAAUAAAACUAUGGAAUUUCAAAUCGUUUACUGAUUUAUCAUUGCAUUGGUAUUUUAAUAUUAAAUGCACACCAUUGUAUAUGAAAAUAAUCUAAAAUUUGUUCUAUUUAUUUGAUUGUAAUGGGAAUAUAAUUGAAACUACUUUAGAUCCUCCUUAAUAAGAAGUGGAGUCAAUAUACAAAGAUAAGAACAUAGCAUUCAGAGAUUUGUUGAAUUAGAAAGUCAAGAAAUAGAAUAAUUAGAGGAUAGAAGAGGAAUAAUUGGGAGAUGAAAAUGUUGAGGAGAACAUCGAUGAUUUAAAUGGAUUCAUAGGAGGAAAUGAGAUGGAGAAAAAAUAAAAGUAGAAUAUGGAUUCAGGAAUGUAGGAUGUUUUGAGACCAGGUGAAACAUUACCAUCGAGAGGAAGAUAAUAUUUAUGUUACAAUACGGUUGGGACAAUAAUAUUGUGUAAGAAUACUAAUAUGAUUGAAUUUGAAUUCUUUGAUUCAACAUUUUAUAAAAAGUUUAAGAUAAGUAAUUCAUAAAGAUAUGCUAUUGGUACAUUAAAUUAUAGAGGAUGUGUAUUAGCCUCAAAAGGACCAAAUGAUUUGGAUGAAUAAGGGUAUUUAGUAGGAGAUGGAAAGUCAAUUGUGUAUUUCUAAUAAUUUAUAGGUGAUGUAGAUGAUUUCGAAUUUUCAUUGCCAGAAGAGGAAGGAGUUGAACUUGUGACAAUUGGAAAUGAUUGGUUAGCAAUUAUGAGUGAUCAUGCAAUUUGUAGAGUCAUUUCAUUUUGCGGAUUAGAAAUUUUAGAAUUUAAUACAAAUAGGGCAAUUGUGUCGAUGUGCUCAUAUGAACAUUUAUUAUGCCUUGUAUUUCAUGAUACUUCUCCAAUGCUGAAUUAAUAGGUUCUAAGAGGGAGAAUCUAUGAUAUAGAUUUAUAGAAAUAAAUAGAGGAAUUCGAUAUAUUCCUUACUCCUUUUUCCUCACUUUCUUGGAUUGGAUAUUCUGAUGAAGGACUAUUGAGCAUCCAAGAUUCUAAAGGAUCGAUAAGAAUCUAUCAAAAUAAUAAAUGGAUAGAAGUCUAUCACAAUUCAAGGUAUUGGCUUUACGGAAUCCAAGAUUACAAGUUAUGCUUAUUAAAGACAGAUUAGCCAUUGGCUUCAAUGAAAUAGGAGAUGAUUUAAUAGAGUUUUGAGUAACAAUUUGUAUGUUUCUCUUAAGAUGAGAAAUUGAUAGCUAAUUAUAGACAAUUUCUAACCUAAUUGAUCAUCUUAAAUCAUGAAUUAUAUAGAUGGAAUGAAUUUGGUAAGUACUAUUAUGCUAGAAAUGAUGAUAAAUAAAAUGACAUCCUUCUCAGGUAUACUCAAAACCUUUACGAUUCUAACAAGAUGGAGGAGACACAAAAGUUAUUACGUAAGUUCCGAGUUGAUUUAUUUAAGUAGAUUUUAAAUGAAUCCAAGGACAAAGCUAUUGAAUUCUUUAGAUGUCAUAUUAAAGAUGAAUAUGAUAUGAAUUCUAUCAUUAGUUUGUUGGAGUUACAGAAAGAAAAGUCGACAAACAAUAAGGAAUUGUAAAAGCUGUUGACCCAUAUCAAAUUGUUAUAAAGAUAAUAAAUAAUAAAGCAAUAGUAGAAUUUCGGUAUUGACAAAAAGCCUUAAUCUCCAAAAAGAUAAGGAUUCGGUCUGUAGAAGUAAAAUGAUUAAGUGAAUAUGAACUAAAUAAAAUCCAUUUUAGAACAUAGAGAGCAGCAGCAGCAACAACAUCAAUAAUAACAAUAGCACAUUUAAUAAUACUAAGUGCAAUCUUAAAGAGUCGAAACUCAAUAGGAAGAUGAUGAAUUUAAUCCUUUUGCAAAAUCUGCCAAUAAGAAAUAAAGCAGCAUUUUCGAUAUAGGUGAGAAGAGGAAGCCUACAUAAACGUUUGGGACAUAAAAUAUAAAAAAAAAGAAUUGA